GUGUGUGUGGUGGCUGCUGGCAGAGCUGGUAAAAUCGCCGAAUCUAGCAGGAGCAACUGUUGAGAGAAUAUUUUGAGCAGGUUCAGGUGCCUUCGGGGGAACUCUCAGUGCAGAAUUAAACACAGAUACGCAUCUUACUUCGUAAGACAUAGCCUACAGUUAUUUACCAUUUAAGCCAUUUACUCACAGCGGAGGAUUUUUUUGCAGCUAUAUGUACACUGCCAAGUGGAGCCAACUUGGGUAAAGAAACAUUUGAAGAACAUCUCUCCAAAAGGCGACUUUGGCAUUCAUCUGAAGUGGCAUCAUGCUGUAUUUCAGCGCACUGUGUGUGUACUUUCUGAUGGUCCCGAACCCAGUUAUGACAAACACCAUUACCGAGGACAUAGAUGUUUUGGUAUUUUUGCCACAGAAUAACUCCUACCUUUUUUCAUAUACAAGAGUCUCACCAGCGAUCCGUUACGCUCAACAGAGGCUGAAGACAGAUGGAGGACAGUCCUCAGGGUUCCGCUUCAACAUCCAGUUUGAAAACUCUGACUGUGUCUAUGAUGCUCUGUUUAAGUUAGUGGACAGGUCGUGUGGGAGAAAGCCGGAUCUAAUACUGGGUCCAGUGUGCGAGUACGAGGCGGCAGCGGUGGUGAGGCUGGCAUCCCACUGGAACAUCCCGGUGAUCACAGCAGGUGCCCUGGCCACCGGCUUCAGCAAUAAGAACACAGAAUUCUCCCACUUGACUCGCAUUGCCCCGUCCUACGUGAAGAUGGCAGAGACCUUCACCGCGAUGUUUGAGCACUUCGCCUGGAAGAAGGCGCUGCUGGUCUACGAAGACGACAAGGAGGAGCGGAACUGUUACUUCACUUUGGAGGGAGUCUAUCAUCUGAUGGCUGACUUCACCAUUAAACCAUAUCAUUUUUCUAAGGAGGAUCCCUUGGACACUGACGACAUCCUCCAAAACAUAGCUGAUACUGAAG